AUGUAUCGAAGUGUGGUGCUGGUAUUACUCCCAUUUUUGGCUUUAAGUGAAUCCCGUUUCGCUAAGGUUAAUGUCAACCUGGGACUAACUGUGGCCGAUGACUCACCCAAACCGAUUACUGAGGACAUGAUCCGUCUAUGUGGCGAUCAAACGGAUAUAUCUCUGCGGGACUUGCACAAACUUCAGCGAGAGGACUUUUCAGACCCCUCGGAAUCCAUUCAGUGUUUCACACAUUGUCUCUACGAGCAAAUGGGCCUCAUGCACGAUGGUGUCUUUGUGGAGCGAGAUUUCUUUGGGCUGCUUUCGGAUGCCACUAACCCGGAUAUUUGGCCAGAACGUCAGUGCCACAUGAUUCAUGGGGAUAACAAGUGCGAGACUGCCUUCAAAAUCCACCUUUGUCGUCAGCAAAUGAAGCAGCAGCAGACAAACUUGGCCAGCAAGGAUGUUGAGGUCACCACACCCUCUGAUUCCGAUGAACCAAUGCCCUAG